AUGUCCUUCCGUCUCACCCCCAGCAUGAGCUCCGUCUCUCUCAGCCUGACCCUCCCCCGCCGCCAGCACCAGCAACCCCCCUCCUCCCCGCACUCACCACUCUCACCACGCUCCCCGCGCUCCCCGCGCUCACCACACUCCCACCUCACGGGCCCCAAGCGCCUCAUGCGCAAGCUGCGCUCCUACGUGACGCCGCGCAAGCUGCAGCGGCGCUACAUCGAGAAGCGGCUCUACGGCGACUCGUACGACUACGAGAGCAGCGCGGAGGACGACGACGACGACGGCUUUGUUGUUGUUCCGGUGCCGAGGUGGACGGGUAGUUUGAGGGUUAGGGGGCGAGAAGAGGGCGGGCGUGGCGGCGUGGGAGGUGGAGUCGAGGAGUAG